UUUGGAUUACUGAAGCCCCCAAGCCCGUUUCAUAUUAAAACUUGUUACACAAAGAACACAUUUGUACUAACAAGUAACAGUUGCAGCGACUAAAAUCAUUCAUUCCAUUGAAAUAACAGAGACCAGCUGAAGCUAGAAUGAUAAUUUGUCACUGACAUUGGUUUGUGUAACGAAUUGCUGAGGGGAUGACUUCCACCAGCGGAAGCCCGAAGUAUUUCGUCGGCGUAGAUGUGGGGACUUCGAGCGUCAGGGCUACGCUCGUAAGCGAAAAUGGUCGCGUUGUUAAUGUGGCCGUGGAACCAAUCAGUAUUUGGAAUCCCUGCGAAAAUUUCUAUGAGCAGUCAUCAGAUGAUAUCUGGAGAGCAUGUUGCAAAACAGUAAAGGACGUGACCUCAGAUGGCCUUUCUGAAUUGGUCCAAGGUAUUGGCUUUGAUGCCACAUGUUCAUUGGUGGUGCUUGACAAGGAUCUCCGGCCAUUGUCUGUAAGUCAUUCAGGUGACAAUGAGAGAAACAUCAUUAUGUGGAUGGAUCAUCGUGCUGUGAAAGAAGCUGAAAGGAUCAACAAGACGGGACAUGAAGCACUGCGCUUCACCGGAGGAGAGAUUUCCCUAGAGAUGGAACCUCCGAAAUUGCUUUGGUUGAAAGAGAAUAUGUUUGAGACAUGUUGGCAGAAUGCAGGAGCAUUCAUGGAUCUAGCUGACUUCAUGACCUGGAAAGCCACAGGGUCACAAACAAGAUCUCUCUGCACUGUGGUUUGUAAAUGGAUGUUUAGAGCAGACGGCAAGGGACUCAGAGAGUGGGACACGUCUUUCUAUGAGAGUAUCGGCCUCAAAGAUAUCCUAGAAAAUGAACAACAGAAAAUUGGAAAUCAUUUCCAGCUUCCUGGGGAACCGUGUGGGGAUGGUCUUAGUCUUGCAGCUGCUAAGGAGCUUGGUCUUAGACCUGGACUACCUGUAGGAACAGGGAUAAUUGAUGCCUAUGCAGGUGGAAUUGGAAUGUUGGGUGCAGAUGUGACUGGUUUUAAGCUUCCAUGUGAAAGUCAACCUUUGACCUCCAGACUAGCUCUCAUAUGUGGGACAUCAACAUGUCACUUGGGUUUAAGUGAGAAAGAAACCUUUGUACCCGGUGUCUGGGGUCCAUACUACGGUACUAUGGUACCGGGCCUGUGGGGGAACGAAGGAGGAGAGUCCUGCACUGGCAAGCUGAUUGAUCAUAUCAUCCACACUCAUCCUGCUCUGAAUCAGCUUAAAGAAGAGAGUCAAAAGAGUGGCUGUGACAUGUACACAUGGUUAGAUGACCGGUUGAUGACCAUGGCCAAAGAUAAAGGACUCUCUUCUCCAGCCGUUUUGACAAGAGAUCUCCAUCUCUGUCCAUAUUUCUAUGGAAACAGAUCACCUCUUGCUGACCCCACUUUGAAAGGAAUGAUAAGCGGUUUGACAUUGUCCUCUUCCCUUGAUGAUCUAGCUAUUCUCUAUUUAGCCACUCUACAGGCAUUAGCUCAUGGAACACGUUUGAUAGUUGAACAAAUGAUCAGGUCUGGUUACAGUAUAUCAACUCUGUUUGCAUGUGGAGGUCUGUGUAAGAGUGAUUUAUUCUUACAGACGCAUGCAGAUAUCACCGGGCUACCAAUAGUCUUGCCAAAGGAAUCUGAGUCAGUCUUAGUUGGAGCAGCCAUCUUAGGAGCAAAGGCUUCUGGGAUAUUUGAUCUCAAGGGUGCUAUGAGCCGCAUGUGUGGUGUCGGUAAAGUCAUCUGGCCUGAUGAACCACAGAGGGCGUACUACAGCAAAAAACACACUGUAUUCCUGAAACUUGUUGAACAUCAGAGGGAGUAUAAACACAUCAUGGAACAGCUAUGAUCUCUGUUAAAAAGAUGCAAAUACUGCCUGCCAUUGUAUGACAAAAUUGAGCUGUACCUGUUAAGUAAACUAAAACAUUGUAUGAGAUAUGAGGCCCUUUGUGAUGUUAUCAUAUCAUUAAUCACCUGGGCCCCAUCUUGCAAAGAGUUGCGAUUGAUCCAAUCAAUCACAACUAUGGACGGCCAGCAACAAAGGCGAACACACCAAACUGUCAAGAAAUCAAUGAACUUAUGGAUAUACAUGCAUAUCUACAAAAAAAAUCGAGCAAACGUGCAUUGUAUAUGUUUACUUUGCUGGCUUUCCAUAGUCGCCAUUGAUCGGAUUAAUAACAACUCUUUGAAAGAUGGGCCCAUGAUGUAUAUACAUCCAUUCAUCAUUCUCUUAAAGAUUCAGUGUGAUUCUUUUUGUUUAGUGAUUAGACACAUAUUUUGCCUUUUCUCAGGUUAUGUUGAAUUAUCCAUCCUGGACAAUGCAAGGUGAAAGAAUUUUUGUUCUUCCUGAGAACCAAAGAAUUCCCCUUAUUUUGAGCACCAAUAAAUAAAGAACAGGACAAGAUCUUUGCAUUAAUAUCCCCCAGUAAUCAUUAACAGGAUGUGCCUAAUUGGUGUCACAACUUUGGAGCUAAUUUAAUUAACCCCCUUUUUAAGGAUAAUUUCAAGGAUAUCUAAUCCCCUUAUUGUUACCUGUGUACAAUAGUGUGAGGGUAAGUCAGCUUCAAUAGACUUUGUUUUCUUUUAUCUCAUUUUCUCAAAAACAACAUUCUAUGAUAGUUAGUUUUCUUCUCUUUGUAAUGAGCGUUAGGAUCAUUCAUUAGUAGGGUGUUAUAUAUCAUUUUAAAGAUGGGAAUCUCCUUUUUCAGUAAGGAUAUAUAACUGAAAAUUAAUUUCUUGUGAAUUUUUGUGGGUUUUGCAAUGCUUGGACAUGUAUGUGUUUAUAUCUUGUCUCAAAAAUAUGUCAUCCAGGUAAUAAUCGUCGAAAGUAAAUUGAUGAUUGAUCAUAACUCUUGUUUGACCAUGUUUGUCCGAUAGAUGUGAAUUUGCAAUAAUGUUUGAAUGGCAUAUUCUUAAUGAUAAUAGAUAUUAAGAACAUAUAUAAAUACAAUGUUGUACUUAUACAGCGCUUGAUAUUGAGAUCUCUAAGCGCUUUACAUUAUUAGUUAGAAGAAUUAUUAAAUGACAAUUAUUUUACAUUCUACAUUAUUCGCAACUGAUGAUAAACAGGGCUGAGCUUAGAUUACCCAUAAUACAGUGCGCUUGUAAUUGAAUUAUGAUGCAGGCAUCCAUUUUUACAUGUUUUUUUUUCUUUUUUGGGGGGGGUUCUGAAUAAUCCAUUUAGUUUUACCCCUAUUUUGCUAUGAAUGAGGCCAUUUGAUUUUGUAUGUUUUAUUACCAAAAAUUCAGACCAGGGGCCUAUUUCAUAAAGGACUUCCAACUGUUGUAACUUUGCCAAAAUGGUAACUACCAUGGAAACCAUGAUUUUGAUUGGCUG